AUGGGUAGAAAAUUACAAGGCAGGAAGUCUGCUAAUAAAACCAAGGGUCUUAAGGGUGCCUUGUUGCGCCAUGAAGCCCAUGAAAAAUUAAAACAAAAUGAGUCGAAGACAUUAGCAGUCCAAAAGCAGAAGCAAGAAGAGAAACAAAGUUCCAUGAAAUCUGGUGGUUCUAAAAAGAAAGCACAGUCAAAGCAACAAAUUCAACACCAGCAAAAGGGUCUCAUUCCAUUUAAGCCUGAUGCCACUGUUUUGUUGGUAGGUGAAGGAGAUUUUUCAUUUGCUCGUUCCUUAGUGCAAGAGAAUUUGAUAUUACCUGAAAAUUUAGUGGCUACUAGUUUUGAUUCAAAGGAAGAGGUACUUUCAAAGUACCCAGGAGUGGAAGAGAUCAUGAGUUUUUUGGAAAGUGAAGGUGUGAAUGUUAUUCAUGAAGUUGAUGCCACUGAUUUGGUGACAAGUUUAAAGCUUAAACCAAAUUCCAAGACCAAGCAAAAGCCAAACCGUAUACUUCCUGCGGGCAAAAAGCUUAAUUAUAUCAUGUUCAACUUUCCACAUACAGGGAGAGGGAUGAAGGAUGUAGAUAGAAACAUCAGAGAUCAUCAGAAAUUGGUUCUCAAUUAUUUCAAAAGUUGCAAAGACUUAUUCAGUUUAGCUAAUAACUCUGCAAAAGAUGACUUUGCUGGAUACUCAACCGCCAUCACAUCUGAUGAAGCAAGAGAAGGGAAAAUAAUCUUGUCUUUAUUCGAGGGUGAACCUUAUGCAUCAUGGAAUAUAAAAAUUUUAGGAAGAAGUGAAGGCUUUCGAGUUGAAAGGUCUGGAAAGUUUGAUUGGUUAAGUUUUCCUGGCUAUCAUCAUAAAAGGACAAAUGGCAUAAGAGAUACAACAAAACCAGCCGCAGAAAGGGAGGCAAGAGUGUAUGUUUUUGAUAAGUUUGUUCCAAAGGAUCAGCAAAAGUCAAAACCUGAAAACAAUGAUUCUGAUUCUGAUUAG